AUGUCGGGCCUACGGCGGCGCAUAUUUGGCACAGGCAGCAGCGAAGACUCCAGCAGCAGCGCCGCUCGCGAAGAAAGUCCAGCGCCCGCCCCCAAGGAAGCUGGUGGUGAUGCAUUUCGCAUAAUUWCCAAAGAUAAGCUCGAUAUCCUACGCAGCGACUCGAAGAAACACAGCGGGAGGAAGAGACGGAAUGCAUGGAUAUUUGGACUGGGCGGGCUGUUUGGGCUGUUCAUGGCAGGAUUCUUCGCCAGUCGAGACGGCGCCAUGGACAAGCUGGUCGAAUUGGCAGGACUCGAGGACAUGAACUUGGAUAACCUCUACGAUGUCUUGCCAACGGGCUUGAUACGCGAUGUACAGAACAUGCAGUCUCGAGAAAAGGAAGCCGUUGAUUACGACUCCUUCGCAGUGGGCUUGCAUGCCCAGUCAGAGGGUAUUAGGAGCAAAUUUCCCGUCAUCAUGAUACCCGGCGUCAUUUCCACAGGUCUGGAGAGUUGGGGAACCGAGGAUGAAUCACGACAGUACUUCAGAAAGCGUCUAUGGGGAUCGUGGAGCAUGAUGCGCGCUCUCAUAUUAGACAAGCCGAGCUGGAAACGACACAUCAUGUUGGACAAACAGACUGGUCUUGAUCCGCCAGGCAUCAAGCUCCGUUCUGCUCAGGGCUUUGAUGCAGCAGACUUCUUCAUUACGGGAUACUGGAUAUGGAAUAAGAUUCUUGAGAACCUGGCUACCAUUGGUUAUGACCCGACGAAUGCCUUCACUGCUGCCUACGACUGGCGCAUGAGCUACAUGAACUACGAGAUCCGGGACCAAUACUUCACUCGACUAAAGAACCACAUUGAAGUCGCCAAGAAGAUCAGUGGUCACAAAGCCGUGCUUUUAUCACAUUCAAUGGGAUCGCAGGUACUAUUCUACUUCUUUCAUUGGGUUGAGGCGGAGGGAUAUGGUGAUGGGGGUUCUUCUUGGGUCGACGACCACAUCGAAUCAUGGAUCAACAUCUCGGGGUGUAUGCUUGGCGCCACAAAAGGCAUUCCUGCUGUGUUGAGCGGUGAGAUGCGAGACACGGCCCAACUGAACGCAUUUGCUGUCUAUGGGUUGGAGAAGUUUUUGUCCCGCCAGGAACGGGCAGAAAUCUUUCGAGCCAUGCCAGGGAUAAGCAGUAUGCUUCCAAUUGGUGGGAAUGCGGUGUGGGGUGAUGAAAAUGGCGCCCCUGACGACCUUCCUGGCCAGAACGAGACAUUUGGCAAAUUCAUCAGCUUCAAGAACAUCAAUGGGUCGUUGAUCCCAGGCAAUCUGACGGUCGGGCAAUCCAUCCCAUAUCUGUACGCCAACGCGGAAGAAUGGUACAAGGACGCGACACAAAAGAGCUACAGCCAAGGGGUCGCCCAUAGUAAGAAGGUCGUAGAGGACAAUCAGCUCAUUCCUGCCAAGUGGAUGAAUCCAUUGGAGUCACGCUUACCUCUGGCUCCGAACAUGAAGAUCUAUUGUUUCUAUGGCAUCGGAAAGCCCACAGAAAGAGCAUACUUCUACCGCGAGGAGAAGGACACCACUGGCAAUGGGUCAUUCGUCACAAUAGAUACGUCUGUAACCACUCCCAGCGGAGAUGUUGACCACGGCGUGGUCAUGGGCGAAGGUGAUGGAACGGUCAACAUCCUCUCAACCGGCUACAUGUGCAACAAGGGCUGGAAGAUUAAACGAUACAACCCCGCGAACAUUCCAAUUGUUGCCUAUGAGAUGCCUCAUGAACCUGAAAGAUUCAAUCCUCGCGGCGGGCCAAACACAGCCGACCACGUCGACAUCCUAGGACGAUCCUCACUCAACGAUCUCAUCCUGCGGGUGGCCGGUGGUAAGGGCCAUUUGAUACAAGACAAUAUUGUGUCCAACAUCCGCGAAUACUCGGAGAAGGUGAAGAUCUAUCCAGAUGAAGAAGAUGAUGAGCGGGUGGGCGACUAUGCAGGUGAAACACACCGCUCCGAGGAGAAAGUCAUCGGAGGUGAUGCUGCGCAUCCCGAAGAGCCUGAUCAGUAG